AUGACAAGGAACACUUUGCAUUUUUUGGCCACACCCCAUUUUCCAGGGUAUAUAAGCACGGUUCUGAGACCGGGGACUCCAUCACACUUCAUUCCCCUGCAACCUAAACCUUCCACUCCCAACACCAUGCACAACUUCUCUGGUUCUGUCUUCCCAGGAUGCUACUGGGGCAGCUUUGGCUAUCCCCUGGGCUACAGCGUGGGCUGUGGCUUCGGCAGCACCUACUCUCCAGUGGGCUAUGGCUUAGGCUAUGGCUAUAAUGGCUGUGGGGCUUUCAGUUACAGAAGAUGCUUCCCAUAUGAUCUCUACUAA